AUGCCGUACGCUACGCACUGGGUUUGCUGUCGCUGCAAAUUCGGCCCAAUGAGUAUCGAAAACUAUCCUGCCUGCAUCAAUUGUCAACACCGCGGAGCAAAAUCACCUUGCUGCCACCACGAGUGUUUGCGAGACCACGAUAGCUACCACUACGCAGCAGAAAUGUCGUCCUACGCAGCACAACGCGAGCCAGAAUUUGACAACCCCGCGGUAAUCUCAAUACCUCAAAUGGGCCAUGACCGUCGGUACUUCCGCGCAGCGCCAACGUACCUAUAUGUCUGCUGCGGCUGCGGAGAUGGCCCAAAAGUCUACCAGCUCGAGCCUCGAUGCGUUAACUGCUCUCAUGACGCUUGCCCCUACUGCCGCUAUGUCAAAUAAGUUUGAUAAUAGCCAUCUAGGGUAAAUCGGUUGCGAUUGUACUUGCCUGUUUAUUUCGAGUCGUUCGCCAUGCACCCUGCGAUUCGACGAAACCUUUUCUUUUGACGAGCGUUUUUUAGCGAUGUAAUAUUGGAAUGGAUACAAUGACGGGAUUUUUGAUGCACGAGUUACGGAAAUUUUCAUAGAGGUUAUCGGCAUUCACUUGACUUGGUUAAUGGACAUAGCGAUGGAGUUGGGUUACUGGUCUAGGCUCGGGAUGUUGUGCUAGCAUGAUAGAAGUCUCAAUGUUUAAGCAAUCAAUUUUUCA